CGGCCUUGUUUUCCUCUGCUGUCGCUAAAGCUGUCCCCCCUCCCCCCCUAGAAAGAGCAUCUCGCUGCCCAAGUCCACUGGUCGCACCCCAGGAAGACAACGGGCCAGGUGAUUUGCUUCUCCUAAUUAUUCCUUCCUUACUGUUUGGCGACGUCUAUUGCUGUCCGCCGCUGCAAGUCACCAGCGCCAGCUCCAUGUUGCCUGCUCCAGCACCCGCUCUCUCCCACCCGAUAUCUGUCAUCUUCCUCGCCUUCAAUCUCCAACUUGGAGAUAUCUGCCCUUCAUAGCCUGGCAACUUCACGGCAUGCCCUUGUCCAGCAAAAGACCCGGAUCGCAUGUGCCCGUCUUCCGCAGUCUCAGUGCCAAUGCCACUAACGACAAGGCCCAUGAACGGAGCGAUGAUAAAUCUGGAGAGGCAGAGGGGGCCUCUGUAGCGCCUUUGUCAAGCCUGGGCUUCAAUUUUGGACUGCCCACAAUAUCGUCCCUCGCGAACUUGAGUCGGCACCGCCGCAGAAAUCGCACAAAAUCUAAUGAUGCUCAAAAGAAGAGCUACGAUGACGCUCCUUCCAACCUCGACCUCGACCAGACAGCUGUUCAUGCCCAUCUCAAACAGGCACGACAGGGUCACGACCACAGGGCACUGAAACCCCCCGAAAUUGACUCGCCGUCCAAUGAUAAUAACGAACAGGCCGAACCACCUCGGCCGCUGUACCACCGCACCACCACAGCCAGCACUGACACAACUGCCAACAGCUUCGGCUCGGCUUCUGCCGUUGUAAUGAGCACCCACAGCACUACAGUCGACACCAAAACCACUACUCCCGAUGCCGCUGCAUCGACUUCGAUCGCUUCCCCAUCUGCCGUGUCUGCAUCUCCAUCCGCACCUCCGCCACCACCUCCGGCUGAUCCUACUGGUUCAUCGCACAAUCGCUCCGACGCUCAAGCCACACGUAAACCACUUGAACUACCUAAGCUUGUUCCAUCCACCACCGCCACAUCUGCACCUGUACCAGUUCCGUCCACCUCCUCUGCCACUCCGCCGGCCACCUCGACGUCGAUCCCAAUUUCAUCUCCCACCGCCGCCAUUACCAUCCACCCCGAUCUCUUACCUAAAGCUCUGAGAGACCCCGCGUGCCCCCAGUCGCCGACUCCUCCAUCAACACUGGCCGACAUUGACUCUUCCCCCACUCCAACAACCAUUCCUCAACCACCCAAAAUUCCUCCUCCUCUCCUUGUCGUCCAGCAGCCAUCGACUCCUACUCUUCCCACCCUUCCCGCCCUCUCGACAGCCCCCACCAGUCAUGAUAGUCUCUUCGUCAUGCCGAGAAAAGUAUGGGUGAAAAGACCCGGUGCGUCUUCGACCAGAGUCGAAGUCGCCGAAGAUGAUUUGGUCGAUAAUGUACGAGAUGUCAUUCUGAGCAAAUAUGCCAAUUCCCUCGGCCGCACCAUCGAUGCCCCCGACAUCACUCUCAAGAUCGUUAGUCGCGAACCACACAACAAGAACGUUGCCUCUGAACGACCUCUUGGUCCCGAUGAGCCCAUCGCUCGAGUCCUAGAAACAUACUAUCCUGGUGGCCAGACGAUUGACGAAGCUCUACUCAUCGAAGUGCCCGCUCGUCGCACACCCCGGGCCUCCCCCCGAGUGGGAAACCAUCAGGUCUCUUACUUUUAUCCUGCCGAACAGUAUCGCCCCGAUGAUGGCGCCCGAGAAUAUUUCCCCCCUAUGCCGGUCCAAUCCCCUCACCUCGCCCACGUUCAACACCAAAACUCCAUCCCACAUGCAAUGUCAAUCCUGACCACCGGUCAGCCUCCCUUGUUGCCUAGCCCUGGCUCCCAAACUGCAAGGAGAAGACCCAAGUACCCCAGACAGCAUACAAGCAGUCCAACCAUUCUCCACACUGUCCAACCAAAUGGUCAAGUUCUAGAAACCAAGCCUCAGAUCAACGGAACCGCCCCCAAUGUCCCUGCACUUCCCACCCCUCCUGCCCAACCUAAUGAACUCAACAUCACUCCUCCAGGUCGCCCCGGCUCGCCUCAUGCUGGACACAAGCCCAAGAGAAAGAAGAUGCCUAAUGCGAAUCGGUCGGCCAGUGGAGAGGCAAUUGCUCCUGCGAAACCUGCUAUUUCAAACCUCCUCGACGGAUCCGUCCCUCCCAUCAACGUGCUCCUGGUCGAGGAUAACAAUAUCAAUCUCAAGUUGCUCGAAGCCUUCAUGAAGAGGCUCAAAGUGCGCUGGAAGUCUGCCGUCAACGGCAGGGAAGCGGUCAACAUGUGGAAGACCGGCGGCUUUCACUUGGUGCUGAUGGACAUUCAACUUCCCGUCAUGAAUGGUUUGGAAGCCACCAAGGAGAUCCGCCGCCUCGAAGCCGUCAACGGCAUCGGUGUCUUCAGUGUCAGUCCCAUGGAACACGGUCUAAAGAUGGCCAACAAGAACAAUGGGCCUGUCAGCGAAGAGGACACUCUUCCUGACAAGAGUCUAUUCAAAAGUCCCGUCAUCAUCGUCGCGUUGACUGCAAGCAGUUUGCAAAGUGAUCGGCACGAGGCUUUGGCCGCUGGUUGCAACGACUUUUUGACAAAGCCCGUCAAUUUUGUGUGGAUGGAGCGCAAAGUCACCGAAUGGGGGUGUAUGCAAGCUCUGAUCGAUUUCGACGGCUGGAGAAAAUGGAAAGAGUACGCAGACGAAAAGGCUAAAGAAGAUCCUGCCAAGAGAGCGGCGGAAGAAAAGGAAGAAAAGGCCAAAACUAAAGCGGCUCUCAAAGCCAUGUUUGCCAGGCCACCGCCGACCACGAAGAAGGACAGUGGAAGCAGCAUGUCGACUCAGAACAGCGACAAGACGAUAAACUCAGCAUCCAACGGGACGCCGCGGAAGCCCGCAGGAAGUCCCGGUGCUCAGGGGGAUGAGCGCCGCCCCCGAAGUCACAAGAGCUCGAGAAGUUCUGUCAGCCUCGGUGAGAGACCAGGAGGGAACCUGGAAAGCAUGGCGGAAGAAGAUGAAAAGGCACCUUGAUUAGGGAGGUUCACUGUGGACCACAUCGUGUGCCAGGCCUGACGCAGGGUGCAUGCUGAGGCCGGUGCCCUGCUACUAACUUUCUACUCGAGUACAACAAUUCUUGACGUAUUUUUCUAUCAAUGGACGGACCAUAAGCCUUGUAAACGAUGAUGUCUGGCUUUAUCUCAUGCAGACCGGGGAAAUGCCGCGAGCAAUGGCGACUUUCAUACAUUCAAGACAUAUAGCAUGGCCUGAAAUGGGACUAGGUCAGGUCAGGGAAGAGAGACAGACUUGAC